UGACGUCACAUUCCCGCGACACGUUAGUAACGCGACAGCUGCAUUUUUUUGGACGAGUUUCGAAGUUGUAAACCCGAUUAAAGUGGAGUUUUGUUGCAAUUCCCAGCGUCGUGUUAGACAGCACAUCUCGGCGCCGACUGUAACGGCACAACACCUGAAACAUGUCAGACGUCGUUUUGAAAACGGAGGUUAAAGAGGAGAGUGAAGACGCGGGGUACGAAGAAGCGCACAGAACCAAGACUGUAGAUGCAAAAGUGUUCAGAGAUAAAGAAACAAGUUGGUGACCGAUCUUUAUUCUGAAUACUGAGAUCUUAUGGAAAUCAAAGAGGAAAGUGAAGAGCUGAACGAAGUGGAGGAGAAGCGUCAGAAUCCUAAUCACUUCACAACUGGAGUAAAUGGUUUGAAAAUUGAAAAGAAUUUCUCAGAAACAAAGACAGAAGCCAUAAAAUCUUUCACCUGCCCUCAGUGUGGAAAGCAUUUCUCCUCUAAAGGAAACCUUAAUGUGCACCUCAAAAUCCACACGGGAGAGAAGCCUUUCACCUGCUGUCAGUGUGGGAAGAAUUUUGCCACUAAAGGAAAUCUUAAUGUACACAUAAGAAUCCACACGGGAGAGAAGCCUUUCACCUGCCUUCAGUGUGGAAAGAGUUUCCCGUUUAAAGGAAGGCUUAAUACGCACGUAAGAAUUCACACUGGAGAAAAACCUUUCACCUGUCCUCAUUGUGGAAGGAGUUACCAGUGUAAAACAUACCUUAAUAGGCACAUGAAAAUUCACGAAGCCCAGAACCCUUUCACCUGUCCUCAGUGUGGAAAAACAUUCACGAUGAAAGAAGGCUUGAAACGUCACACGAGAAUUCACGCGGGAGCCAAAUCUUUCACCUGUCCUCACUGCGGGAAGACUUUUACGCAUAAGAGAAACCUUCAAUCGCACGUAAAGAUUCACGAUGGAGAUCGAUCUCCGCUGUGCGUCGAGAAAGGCGAUCGUUUCGGUACGCGCGACACGAAAGGAAAUAUCGAAAGGACACCUUUCGCUUGCCCUCAAUGUGGCAGGAGUUUCAAAGACAAAGAAAACUAUAAUGCCCACUUCAAAAUUCACAUCGGAGAAGAGCUUCUCGGAUGCAACCGCUGUGGGAAGAGUUUCCCGUGUGAAGAGUAUCUCAGCAGACACAUGCAAGUCCACGGAGAACAGCCUUUCGCUUGCUCUCAGUGCGGAAGUUGUUUCGCAGACAGAAGAAGCCUUAAGAAACACGCGAGGACUCACGCUGGAGAAAAACCUUUCACGUGUUCUCAGUGCGGGAGGAGUUUUACGCGUAAAGAAGCUUUUAAUGUGCACGAACGAGCUCAUAACGGAGAAAAGCCUUUUAGAUGCCUUCAGUGCGGAAAGAGUUACCCGUAUGACCGAUGUCUUAAGAGGCACGUCAAAACUCACGCCAAGGAGAAGCCUUUCACCUGCUCUCUGUGUGGGAGAACAUUCACGGAGAAAGGAAGCCUUAAGGUUCACAUGACGAUCCACACCGGAGAGAAACCUUUCGGGUGCUCGCAGUGUGGGAAGAGGUUUAGACGUAAAGGAGGACUUAAUGAGCACAUGAGAAUUCACACCGGAGAGAAGCCGUACACGUGCCUCCAGUGCGGAAAGGCUUUCGCCGUUAAAGGAGGAUAUAAUUUGCACAUGAGAACUCACACUGGAGAAAAGCCCUACGCCUGUCAUCUGUGUGGGAAGAGUUUCGUACUAAAAGCGAUACUUCAUAUGCACGUGCGAGUUCACACCGGAGAGAGGCCUUUCGUGUGCGUUCACUGCGGGAAAAGAUUCCGGCGGAAAGUUAACCUUAAUCUGCACACCAGGCUUCACACUGGAGAGAGGCCUUUCGCGUGCCGGCACUGUGGGAAUACUUUCACGUGGGCAAAAAGUCUCAAACAACACGUAUCGCGCUUCUGUAAGGUUGUUCGGCGCCGAUAAAGACGGUACACGCUUUUAAUUGAGCAGCAGCCCACUUGAAAGUCCACGCAAAUGAGAAGCCUGUUUUUAGGGAAAGUGCUUUAAAAAGAGAACAAGGCAAAACAUCGAUUCUAGUGCUCGUGUCUGCUCGGAGAGUAAGAAGACCUCAAGUAGCGGUGAAUUCACCCCCAAAAAAAUCCUUGCUGGAGAAAGAGUGCAAGUGUUCGUAUCGUGGAAAGAUUUUGCUUCAGUCAGGUUAAAUGUAAACGCUCGCUAGAGAAGAUGUACAUCUUAAUGGAAGAGGAUUAGGGCCGAGCAAUAAAAAAAAUUAAACCAUGUUGAGAUUACAUUUUGAGAGAAAACUAAAUAAAAUAUUUAGAAUAAACUACAUUAGGCUAAAAAACACCAACCUAUCUGGAUUCAUGACGUAAACGUACCUAGGCACAUUUUUUAGCGAGACACGAAAUGAGCCAAUGAGUACAUAUUUUACUGCAUUUUCCAAAAGUAAUGAACACUAGAGGCAGUAAAACUCUUUUCAGACAAAUUUAGAUAAAGUGCAAUUUUCGCGUACAUACCUGAUGUAAGAACACUGCAAUACGUAACCCGUGUUUUAGCGCCAUUUAGUGGACAUUUCCUUUGAAAACUGCUGUGAUAUGUACUUACUGGUACACACAGUAUUUCACAUCUUGCUAAAAUGUGCUCCAAGGUACGUUUGUACCACGAGAUGACACCAGUGUGGAAAACGGGAGAAACACUCUGCAACAAAAAUCAGUUUUUAUAUAUGUGUAUAUGUAUGUUUUAUUGCUUGGCCUAUAUCCCCUUCCGUUCAACUUCACAGUUUGCGAUUUAAAUGUUAUGUCAUUGAUGUGAAAGUAAAAAGAAAUUCUAAAGGUGCCAUCUGUGUUUGAAAAUAAUGAUGAAGAUGCAUACACAGCUUGUUGUGAAAAUGCUAUGUAUACUUGAUGGCUACACCACGGGUUACUUUUGAGGUCUGACACAAAUAAAACAUGGAAAAUGUACGUACGUUUAAUCAUUAAAAGCUUUUUCGUAAAUGACAGUGAUUGUGCUGUCUAUUAGACCUGUGCUCAUCAAGUAAAGCUUUACGUUUGGAACAGCUUCACAAACAGGCUACGUAUCUGUGUUGCGAACAUUAAACGGUAGUAUUGGGUUAAACGUUUAUAGUCCUGACAUGGAAAAAUGAAGAUACAGAGAUUAAAGAGCUCGGUGUACGUUCUCAAUUCUUCGGUAAUGUUUCCUGAUGAUUAUAAAUAUUAUUAAUGUAGCAAAGUUUCAGAGAACUUUCCUAUUCCUUCAAUAAAUUCAUAAUUUGCCUAUUGGGUAGGAUUAGGGAUGUAGAUUAAGAUCAUGUAGGAUAAGCCAUUAAUAUGUUUAAUUAAUGCUAAUAACUCGUUAAGAGACACAAAAUAAAGUGUUAAAGUGGUUUUAAAAACAUUUUAGAGAAAAAUGUUUUGGUAUUAAAAACAAGUUAAUAACAUUUUGUCCCAUU